GCAAUAAGGUGUAAUGAUUGCGCUGCUUAUAAAUUCAUGAAUCGAAUAUAAAGUUUAAAUCCAAUCGAGGUUAGGGUUUUAUGGAAAGAAAAAAGUUUCAUUUAACAAAUUUAACGAAAAGUCAAUUUGAUUUGAAUGGAAAUGAAACGAAGUGUAAUUGCCAGCAUUUUGCUGUUUGUAUUAAUAGGUCCGAUUUAUGGUCAAAUGUUCUAUCCGAAGCAUGCAAUCACCAAAAAAUAUCAUCUAAUUAAAUUUGCAGCCACUUGGCACGGCGCCUUAUCACAUUGCCAUUCAAUUGGUAUGCAUUUGGUUAGCAUUUCAUCGCAAGCAGAAAACAAUCGAAUUACAAAGCAACUAAAAGAUGAAGGUUACGGUGGAGGAAGGAUUUGGACUUCGGGAACAAGAUUAAGCGACGAUGUUACGUGGGAGUGGAUGGGAAAUGGCAAACGAAUGAAUUUUACGGAUUGGGGAAAAGGUCAACCAAGCAACGACCACAAUAGCGAAAAGUGUAUGGAAAUUUAUGGUUCUUAUAAAUGGAAUGAUUGUUCUUGUGAUAGAAAAAACUAUUUUAUUUGUGAACAAGAUCUAAUUGAAUAUCAAUAUUGUACAAAUUAAAUGAAAUUAUAAAGAAUAAUUGAAUACAGUUCCAAAGCAGCAAAAGACACUUUUAAGCGUAAUAGAUUAUAUGUUAAAUUAUAUCAGGUCAAAAGAUGAGGGAUUUGAGUCAUUUGAUUUUAGUUUCAUAUAUAUAAAGUGAUUCAUGUGG